UAUAACACAACUUUUUUAUUUGUUGUUUAGGUUCUACUACAACUCCUUUCAGAGUUUUGACUUCUCUUUCAAGUACAUCCUUUGGAACCUUCACCACAACCUGUACUACCACCAUAACAGCCAUGCCAGCCUUUACUACCACAGUGGACAUUCCAACAUCUGUUACCACCACAGCAGAGAAUCCUCACUCUACUAUGACCGUGAAAUUUACUUCCACCUCUUCAGUUACUAGUUUACUCUCUUCAUUUCCAGUCACAAGAACCACACUUUAUCCUACCUCAAGCACUACAUUCACAAUACCAUCAUCCCUAUCCACUUCAAACCCAACUACUUUUUCCACAGCAUCACGUCCUCAUACACCUUCACCAGGUUCUACUACAACUCCUUCCAGAGUUUUGACUUCUCUUUCAAGUACGUCCUUUGAAACCUUCACCACAUCCUCUACUACCACCAUAACAGCCACACCAACCUUUACUACCACAAUGGACAUUCCAACAUCUGUUACCACCACAGCAGAGAAUCCAACCUCUACUAUGACCAUGAAAUUUACUUCCACCUCUUCAGUUACUAGUUUACUCUCUUCAUUUCCAGUCACAACAACCACACUUUAUCCUACCUCAAGCACUAAUACAUUCACAAUACCAUCAUCCGUAUCAACUACAAACCCAACCGAUUUUUCCACAGGAUCACGUCCUCAUACACCUUCACCAGGUUUUAUAACAACUCCUUUCAGAGAUCCAACUCUUCUUUUAACUACUUCCAUUGAAACAUUCACCACGACCUCUACUACUACAACAGCUAUUACAACUUCUACUAUGACCACAGUAUCCACCCCAACCUCUUCUGUUGCUAGUCUACCAUCUUCUUCUUUUACCACAACCACUCUACCAUAUCUAUCAUAUACCACCACUACCCCACCAUCUUCGUUACCACUAACCACAACCACACUUUAUCCUAGCUCAAGCACCACUACAUACACAAUACCAUCAUUCCUAACCACUACAAACCCAGUAGUAUUUUCCACAACAUCAAGUCCUUAUUCAUCUUCAGCAGCUAAUGCCUCGGAAAAGAAGAGGGGGGUGGCUCUCUGUUUCUCUAAUCGACUUUCCUUCACUGACACUAAAGUCAUUAGAGACAAGGAAGAUUUGACGACUAAAAUCGCCAAAUCACAUUGGCGUUUAAAUGAAUCCCUCCUCAGUAAUGAAUCCUUUUGUCUGGAUAUUUCCACCCAUGUAAAAUCGUACUUUGAGUUUAAUAAGGCAGAUGAUACCACCCCUGCAAUUAAUUGGGCUGCGCAUAAAGCGUCUGUUAGGGGGUUCCUCAUACAGUUAUCUUCCAGGAUAAAAAAAGCACGAGAAGAAUUGAUAGUUGCUAAAACUAGGGACUAUGAAGCCCUUGCGGCCCGCCAUAAACAGUCUCCUUCCCCUGAUAUGUUGACCAAGCUUGAGCAAGCGCGCUUGGAACUUAAUAUUUGCCUCACCACGAAAGCUGAGAAACAAUUACGCUGGGCUAACCAUAGGUUUUUUACUUGGCGUGAUCGCCCGGGAUCCUUAUUAGCGCAUAAACUUACCCCUAGAUAUUCCCAUUCGGCUUUGCCAAAAAUACGGCUUUCAGGGGGACAUAUCUACAAAAAUCCUGGGAAAAUUCUCCAAGAAUUCCACAAGUUCUAUGUUGAUCUUUAUGGACAACCCCAGGAGGCUCCUUCUUUGUCUAUUAAGGGCUUUCUAAAUCACCAGGACCGGAUGGUCUCCUUAAUAAUUAUUACAAAAAUUUUUCAGAACAGCUGGUACCACAUAUGA